AUCCAUCGAAGCAUAUUCAAAUCAAUCCUACUACCAACAUGAAGUCAACUAUUCAAAUGGGCACCCUGUGCAUCGUGGUCCUAGUGCUCUGCUGCCUGGAUUAUUCCAAUUCGGCUAACUCCACCUCUUCCAGUUCCCCCAGUAGCUCUUCCUAUUCAGACACGCCUAAGAAAGUGUACCUGAGCAACCUCACGUACUCGAUUGUGAGAAGGAUCCGUGUGGGCACCACCACCACCAGCAGCACCAGCAAGAGUUCUAGGACCAGGAGCAACAGGAAACUGAACGCCAAGAAGACCCAGGCCAAACGGAACCAGGCCAAGCGCUCCAGCAAGAACAGGAAGUCGAACUCCCGCCGCGCCAGGGGCUAAGUUGUUAUCCAGUUGGUUAUAAAGACAAUGUUUUAUUUUGAGCUCGUUCUAAACACAAAACACUUAAGUUUACCGUCGCAACGGGCAAAUUAAAUUAUAUAAAUACGUAA